AUGAUGAUCUUCUUCCAAACCAAUCCCACCACCAUCUUUGUAUUUCUCAUUUCUCUCAUCCUCUCAUCCCACCACUUCUCUACGGCUCUGAACUCUGAAGCAGAUGCUCAUGAAACUCCAUUUAGUUACAUUGAAGGAAGUGGUACAGGACCAAAGGAAUGGGGCCAACUCGAUCCACAAUGGAAAGCUUGUGGUAAUGGAGCAAGGCAGUCUCCUAUUGAUAUUGAGCAGGUGCAGGUUUCUCCAAAUCUAGGAGAAUUAGAAAGGCAAUACAAUCCAGCUCCUUCUGUAUUGGUGAACAGCGGACACGCCAUUGCAGUGCAGUGGAAACAAGAUGUAGGAAAAAUUAUCAUAAAUGGGGCUGAUUACAAGCUGCAGCAAUGUCAUUGGCAUUCACCCUCUGAGCACACAAUCAAUGGAUCAAGGUAUGACUUGGAGAUUCACGUAGUUCAUCAAAGCUCUAGUGGAAAGUUUGCUGUUGUUGGAAUUCUUUACAAAUAUGGCUGCCCUGAUCCCUUCCUUGCGAAGCUGUACGACCAGGUAAAAUCAAUUGGGAAAGGAGAAGAGAAAGAUUUGGGGACUAUUAACCCAGAAGAUCUUAACUUUAACAGCAAAGAGUAUUACAGAUACGAUGGUUCUCUUACAACUCCUCCAUGCACUGAGGGCGUCACUUGGACAAUAUUCAAGGAGGUGAAGACGGCUUCAAAGGAGCAAGUGGAUGCCUUAAAGGCAGUCGUUGACGAGGGAUUUCAAUCAAAUGCAAGGCCAACUCAACAAGCAAAUGGAAGACUAGAUCAGUUGUAUUCUCCUAUUUGA